CAGCUUCUUCCCCUCUUUUUUUCCCCCUCCCAAUUUCAUGUAAGGCUGCCGAAACAGCUGGUUUCGAAGCUAUACCACUACCGCCGAGGGAGCAGGCUGGGAAGCACCUGCUUCCAGCGAGGAGGUGGAGAAACAGCUUUCAUUUAAACCUCAAAAGGCAGCUUCUCCCGUUACUCGUAAGGCGCGCUUGUACGGCGAGUUACCCCAGUAUCCGGAUGAACAGCCAGACCGGUGUCUCCGUUGCAGUUUAGGGCUACCGGAGGGGCUACUUUCCUCCUUCUUACUGUCAAAGAAAAACUGAUGGGUGAUAGAGCCGUGGUGCGAUGGUUAGCCAGCAGGACGACAGAUAAGAUCAAAAAUAGGCAACUAAGUGAAAUAAGUGGGUGUCACACGGAGAGAGACAAAGGAUUUUACCCAGACAUGUAGUCAGCCGCGGCUUGGCAUCAGGCUGCGCUAAAGUUUUAUGCAGUGUGCUUUUUAACAUGUUUACAGGAAUUCUGUAGAGGGGAAUUAUGCCUUUGGUUGCAUGGUUUAGGUAGCAGCCAAAAAAAAUCUGCAGCCAAGAGUAGCUAUGCUUCAUUUGCGGAGUGCAAUGUGUAGAUUUCGUCUGAAGGCUCACUUCAUUGUUCAUAACUUAGCAGCAGUGACAGAAAUAACAGGGAUCAUAAGAGUAACGGAAUCGGCGGCAGCAUCAAAAACAAAAACGGAGGCGAGAAAGCCCCACAUUUUUCUUCGGCAAGCAAACUUAUGUGCGUAAAGUGGAGAUGCCAGCCAGGCGUGGCUUGUAUUUGAAUAUCCAAUAUGUGAAUGCUCGGGGAGUAUGUAUAUAAACGCCGCUUUCCAGUUGAUAAACAGACAUUUGCACGCUGAUGAAUAGCAAAGGAUGGUUUAUGAAAGGCUUGUCAAGCAUUCAUUCUAAGAAGGGCGAAGCGCAACUUGCCGGAUACGUUUCGAUCCGCGGCGACUGCAUGGGUUUCUUUUACGGCGAACUUUAAUCUCCUUGUCGACUUUACUUCUAAUUGGGCAAACAGAUCGCUCCAGCUUUACGCCAUGGCAGAAGUCGGCGGCUUUCUUGGGGUGCUCGAUCUGGAUUUACAAGGGUUUCCAGCGCUCGGGAAUAUGCCUUUACCGGAAUCGCCCGUGGGCUUGAAUGAGAGAUUGGGACAGAUUGAAGGGAGGCUACAGCGCGGCUCCUUGACGGAUUUUGGCCACCUGCAAGGCAUUUUGCGACGACGGCAGCUGUACUGUCGGACGGGUUUUCACCUGGAGAUAUUUCCCAAUGGGACAGUUCACGGGACCAGACAAGAUCACAGUCGAUUCGGUAUCCUUGAGUUCAUAAGCCUGGCAGUGGGACUGGUCAGCAUCCGAGGGGUGGAUGCUGGAGUCUACCUGGGCAUGAACGAGAGGGGUGAACUCUAUGGGUCGAAGAAGCUGACUGCAGAGUGUGUCUUCCGGGAGCAGUUCGAAGAGAACUGGUACAACACCUACGCCUCCACGUUGUACAAGCACACGGACACCGGCCGCUACUAUUACGUGGCUCUGAACAAGGACGGCUCACCCAGGGAGGGGGGCAGGACUAAAAAACACCAGAAGCUCACCCAUUUCCUGCCACGGCCUGUGGAGCUCAAGAAAAUACCCCAGGCUUAUAGAGACCUGUUCCAGUACAGCUACAGAGGGAGAAGGACACCCUUUUAAGUCGCAGACGCCAGCUGAAGUCCCAGGAGCAUUAGCGACGAUCUUUUGGCUGUGGAACCGUUUUCAGUGCAAACUGAGCUAACAGCUGAACUGACUGGAUCAGCUGUUGUGAAUCUAUUCCGGGGGCUCGCCGUUCUCUGAGGAUGAGGGAUCGCACUGGAGAACGGGUCCGAGAACCCAAGGCCGGCUCCUCAGAGUGUCCUAUCCCGUCGGCCAACCCCAGGCUACAGGUGUUUGACUCUGGACUCCCACGUCAUGCAGCGGUCAGUGACUCGGAUGCAGUCCGCCGGAACCCACUCAGAAGUGCCUUUGGCGUUCGCGACCACGUCCUUCCGCUUCUUACUAAUCCACAAGCACUGAAAUCUUUGUGAAGGUGGAUUUCGGGCCUCACCAUUAACCGGCAUCGCGAAGCAUGAGGGACCUCGCACUUAGCUUCCCGAUUGUACGCUGCACAAAAGAUGCACGACUCCGGUUUGGCCGACGAGGGAUCAAAACAGCUUCCUAGUUACCGCAUGCCCCCCCUGCAGCUUCAUUUACAAGUGCAACGAAAUUAGCUCGACCUGAAAGAUGAAAGGCAGCCCUCCCUGUUUUCUGAACUGGCGAACGACAAUCAACAGUUACUCAUGAGCAGUAAGGGGGGGUGGGGGGAGCAGUGGUUUACGGGAGGCAGCGAGCAAAAAAUUGGAUAGUGCGCAUGAAAAGACGGGGGGGAAAAAAACGGGAGUGCUUAAGAAGGAAAACAAAGUGCGAGUUAACCGGGCCGCUUCCCAGGGCAUUGGCCCAGAGUGACGAAUGAGCAAUCUGCACUCUGAGACAGUGGAAGAUUGAUGAACACUUAACAGCAAGCCCUCAAAAUUAAGGAUCAUCUCUCUGAACUUCCUGGGGGGGGUCUGUUCAUCACAGUGAAAACUAAUAGCAAACAUAUUAUCACCGUGGGGGGGGUGGGGGCAGAAUGCUGCUGGAAAUAGGCUUCGGACUUUGUUACUCCAAUCACAGCCAGGGUUAUGGUGUUCUCAGAAUGCUUGUUAUGUUGGUGUGUGAACUGCAAGAGAUUUACAGUGUUCAUGCUGUCAGAAACACUAUUAAAACCUUAACAAUGGCAGUGUAAAUAUGGAUGAGCCUAUUUAUAAGAUGUACAAUAUAUUUAUUUUCUACGUACAAAUAUAUAUAUAUAUAUAUUUAUUUAUUGCAAAGAUUUUAUUUUGUAAUGAACUUGAGAAGUUAACAAUUGUAGGUUCUACUGAAAAACAAAAAAAAAACAACAAAAAAGAGCAGAAUUCACCUGACAAUAAAAUUGUCUCACUAUUUAAUCUUCAUUUUGAGUGACCGUUUUGCUUGGAAAGAUAAUAAUAAAUCCUCCAUUACUAAUUAAAACCUGCUUUUUGAGAAAA